AUGGCUUCCUCGCCCGCACCUCACUCCGUUCCCGGACCGCAUGCCAUUGACAACAACGCACACGAGAACACAACACUGGAGGAUGAUACGCUUGAGAAGCCCAACACAUUCAGGAAACGAGCGGGAUCGUUCUCAACAGCAAGACUUCUUGGGCCAGUGGUGAAAGAUCAUGGCGACCUGCCGCUACUGGCAUGUUGUUUCGUGACUGGACUCGUAGACGCAGCAGCAUUCUCGAAUUGGGGUGUUUUCGUUGGUAUGCAGACCGGUAAUACUGUGAUGCUGGGUCUGUCAACAGCGGGUCUUCCAGCUAAUCCUCAUGCUUGGCUCACAACACUGGUGUCCAUCGCCUCUUUCCUCCUGGGAGCCUUCCUGACAUUUCGUGUAUCGAAUUUGAUCGCACCGAAAGGACCGACCACGAAUCGCCUCUGGGCCGGCUCUCUCUUCCUCCUACAGGGCAUCUGCAUUCUCGUAGCAGCAGCGCUUGCCACUCCGCAUGGCCUCAUUCCUCAAAAUCCAGGCUCGACUGGGCGCAAUGUCCGGGAACCGGAGUGGGUCCUGGAAGACGUCCGCAUAGUCUCUCUCCUGCCGCCUCUAGCAUUUCAGUCUGGUAUGCAGAUCGCUACAUCGAAACUGCUUGGGUUCAACGAGCUGCCCGUGAAUGUUUUGACAUCGACAUACUGCGAUAUCAUGGGCGACUUCAAGCUACUGGCUCUGAACAACGUCCGAGGGAAUCGAAGAGUGGCCGCUGCAGUCCUGCUCUUGAUAGGCGCAAUCAGUAGUGGGUGGCUUAUGCGGAGCUCUGCUGGACUCAAAGGUGUCCUUUGGAUCUCUUGCGGCAUUAAGAUCUUGACUGGAGUGGGCAUGUGGCUCUUCUUGCCUGCUGCAGACGGAGCCACACUGCCUUGA